GGGUUUCGUUGACGCCAUUAAUAUUCCUCUUAAAGAAUAGUGCUGUUUGAGCCCUUCUUUAAAAACCCAUACCCUACCCCUAUCUACCUCUCCUUACAGAGAAAAUGGAGAAAAUUUGCUUGCCGGUUCAUCUCCACGUGCUUUUCUUCUUCUUCUUCUUCUUCUUCUUCUUCAUCUCCUUCCCUCAACACUUACAGUUGCAGGCUUCCUCGGAUUACAUUCGACCACCCCCUCGGAGCAAUUUAUCCAUUCCACACAAAGGUUCAGAGUCCGACCCACAACAGGUUCAUGUAUCGCUAGUAGGAAGUGAUCAUGUGAGAGUUUCAUGGAUUACAGACGAUGACAAGGCUCCUUCAUUAGUAGAAUACGGUAAAAUACCCAGAAAAUACGAGGCGUCGGCGACCGGGGUAAAGGAGUCGUAUAGUUACAUCUUCUACAAGUCCGGCGAGAUUCAUCACGUGAAGAUCGGACCUUUGGAACCCAGCACCACCUAUUACUACCGGUGUAGUGGAAGCGGCCAGGAGUUCAGCUUCAAGACACCCCCAUCUACCUUCCCUCUUGAAUUCGUCAUUGUAGGGGAUCUAGGACAGACUGAAUGGACGGCAUCGACACUAUCACACGUGGACGAAUUAGACUACGACGUGUUCUUACUCCCAGGAGAUCUAGCCUAUGCAGACUUUAUACAGCCCCUUUGGGACUCCUUCGGCCGCUUGGUUCAACCAUAUGCGAGCCGGCGUCCGUGGAUGAUGACCCAAGGAAACCACGAGGUUGAGAAAAUUCCCAUCAUCGAGAACGAGCCCUUCAAAGCUUACAAUGCCAGGUGGCGCAUGCCCUUUGAGGAAAGUGGGUCCACCUCCAACCUCUACUAUUCCUUCGACGUCGCCGGAGUUCACAUCGUCAUGUUGGGUUCUUACGCCGACUUCGCCGUUGGAUCGGACCAAUACAAGUGGCUCCUAGCUGACUUUGCGAAGGUCGAUCGGGGGAGAACACCUUGGCUCAUCGUUCUACUUCACACCCCAUGGUAUAACACCAACACUGCCCAUCAUGGCGAGGGAGAGAGCAUGAGGAAAGCCAUGGAACCCUUACUCUAUCAGGCACGUGUCGAUAUUAUUUUUGUUGGACAUGUUCACGCCUAUGAACGAUUUACGAGAGUAUACAACAAUACGGCCAACCAAUGUGGUCCUGUGCAUGUAACCAUAGGGGAUGGGGGAAAUAGAGAAGGACUUGCUUCACACUAUAAGGAGCCUCCUUCUUCUCUAUCGUUGUUCCGGGAGGCAAGCUUUGGACAUGGUCGGUUCAGAGUAUUCAACAAAACUCAUGCUCAUUGGUCAUGGCAUCGUAACGAUGAUUCCACAUCAACGGUUGCUGAUGAAGUGUGGAUUCAAAGUCUCAGCGUUUCUAGCAUUUGUAUGGAGCCUUCUCAUACUACUUCUACCAAAGAUGAACUUUGAAGCUAAUGUGAAGAACUUGGAAUAAUUAAUGAUCCCAUGGUUAUUCCUUCCUAAUUGAAAGUAUUAAAUAAAAUACUGCUACUAACUUGUGUUAAUGCAUGUAUGAAAUCAGAGUCGACAUAGAAUUUCAUUGUAGCUUUGUUUAAAGUGCCAAUAAUUCUCUUGCAUGAAAUAAGGUAGAAUAGACUUUGUAAAAAAUGUAUCUCAUUUUUUUUUUUGGGGGGGGGGGGUGAAAUAAUGUAGAGUAUAUAAAAGUUAAAGUGAAGCAAUAAAAAUUGGAAUAUGGCAUUGCCUCUUGUGA